GCGCCGUUGGGCUCGUCGGCGGCGAGUGUCGCGGGUGUUUCUGAAACGUUCAGCGGCUCCGUGUCUUUAAGAAAAAGUCAACCGGCCCGGCGGCGGCCGCCAGCUCCGGCCUUGCAUUUAUUUUUUAAAAUUUUUUUAAUAAAAAAAAACCGCAUCACGAUGCCGGUUCAUUCCAGAGAAAAGAAAGAAAACAACCAUCACGAAGACAUGGACGUCGAUUACCCGGAAAAUGAAGGCGGCAGCAGCUCGGACGAUGAGGACACGGAGAGCUCCUCGGUCUCGGAGGAUGGCGACAGUUCAGAGAUGGAUGAUGAGGACUGUGAAAGAAGAAGAACAGAAUGUCUAGAUGAGAUGUCUAAUCUGGAGAAACAAUUCACAGAUCUAAAAGAACAGCUAUACAGAGAAAGACUAAGUCAAGUGGAAGCAAAACUCGAGGAGGUUAUUGCAGGAAAAGCGCCUGAAUAUUUGGAGCCUUUAGCAGCACUACAGGAGAAUAUGCAAAUCCGAACAAAAGUUGCAGGUGAUUUUGUGAUUACAGGUAUCUAUAGAGAGCUCUGCUUGAAAACUGUGAAGAACCAAUAUGAGUGUGAGGUGCAGGCUGCAUUCCAGCACUGGGAGAGUGAGAAGUUGCUCCUGUAUGAUACGGUACAAAGUGAACUGGAGGAGAGAAUCCGACGACUUGAAGAGGACCGACACAGUAUUGACAUCACAUCAGAGCUAUGGAAUGAUGAAUUGCAGUCAAGAAAAAACAAGAGGAAAGAUCCAUUUAGUCCGGACAAAAAGAAAAAGCCAGUGGUUGUGUCUGGUCCUUAUGUAGUUUACAUGUUACAAGACCUCGAUAUACUUGAAGACUGGACAACAAUUAGAAAAGCAAUGGCUACACUUGGACCACACAGAGUAAAACCAGAUGCAUCCACCAAGACAGAAAAACAGCUGCACAGUGCCAGCUCAGAAGAUGGAAGAUUAUUGUAUGAUGGAGAGUGGUACAGCCGUGGCCAAACUAUAUGUAUUGACAAGAAAGAUGAAUAUCCUAUAAGUGCUGCAAUAACAACCAUCAACAAUGAUGAAGUUUGGUUCAAGAGGAUGGAUGGCAGCAAAUCCAAACUUUACAUUUCCCAGCUACAGAAAGGAAAAUACACCAUCAAACAUAUAUAGCUCUCCAUGCUACUCACCAGUUCUUUUUCUGUAUGAACUUUGUAUUGUUUCUGGACAAUGCUGAAGAUGUCAUGGCAUCUGAAUUCCUAUUUAAUGAAAUGCAAUCAAUUCCAGACACUGUAAUUUAACUGAGUCUUCAGUCUUACCUGGUGAGAACAAAGUGCUUGAAAGUGAAAUCUUUUGAAAAAUAGAAUGUUAAGUUUGUUGCCUUUUAAUUUUCCUGUCCAUUCCUCGUCUUAAUUAGCAAGGAUCAAAUAAUGGAUUUAAGGGUAAAAAAGUAAUGAUUACAUAAAUUUGAAUUUUAUUGUUUAUUAUUGUACAGCUGUCCAAAACAUUUUUUUCUCUCUCUGAUUACCAACAGUUUUAUCUUUGUCCCAAUUGAUUUAGAAUGUCUCAGUAUUGUGACCUCUGAUUCAAGCUGCCUAAUUCAGACAUAUGAAAUGUAGGCUAAUGUAGUGCAGGAUUAUACUGUGAAGCAACCAAUGCAGUAUUCUGUACCACUCUUACAGUGCGCCCAAGCCACUAUCAUGUGGGCAUCGUCAAUGUCCAGUACUGUAAAAUCAAUUUAUUCUCAUUCUAUGAUCUAGCUUGUUGCAGAGGUGGUUAAAAUACUGUACCGUGAGAGAUGUACUUCAGAAGCAUAGACUUAGUGUAGAUAGAUUCUAAUGUCAUUUUCUUUCAACUCUGAGCUUCAAAUUUUGUAAGUAGAAAUAACUGGAAGAAGCUAGAGCAUUUCAAGACAUUAAGACUUAAGAAAGUUAUUUUACCUUUAAAUGGACAAAUGAUUUGCUGCUUGGCUAGUCACAUUGUGUUUUAGCAGUUAAUGUGAUAAUGUAUGUGGAAUAGAGUUGAACAGCCCAAGUAGACUGAAUUUGCUGUGCGUAUCUGGUUUUUGCUUUAUCUAAAAGAUGGUGAAAUUAAAUCUGUGCUUUUAGCUGCAACUUUGUUUUGCCCAAGCUGAUAACCAGAUGUUUGCCUGGUUAAGUGAAACACCAAGGAAACAAAUUUUGUUGAUAAAAUGGACUAGUCUUGUUCAGAUACAGCAAGUGAAUUUAGAAAGUAAUUAGUGUGAGGCCUUUUUGGUUUUGUGUUUUUCUUUGCGUGUUGUGUAUGAUCUAUUCAAACCUACUACCAAGCCUCGGCUAGACUGUGCCAAAAUAGGCCCAAGCACAGUUAAUUGAUUAAUUUUUUAUUCAUUGCUGAAUUUUAUAUUUUUAUAGGGUUCUGUGCGACUAAAACUAGCACAUAUGUUAUCAGCCAAAUACUGAGAAUCAGUUUAAUCAUGUGAGCUGCAAAUGGUCACUUCCCAUUUUUUUUUCAGGUGUGGGUUGUGACUGUGGAUAAAGAAGUGUGUUUUGCAAUGUAAGAGAUUAUCUCCUGAAAAGCCAUCUUCAUUUCAGAAAUAUGCAGUCUGUUCUUGAUUAACUCGCUUGUUUUCCCUCAAAUGUACAUCAUGUGAACAAAAAUGGACAAUAUUUUGCAUGAAAAUGUUGAACUGGAGACUUUCUGUUUUUGUUACCUGAUUAUAAUCCUGAACAAACAUUGUUACAUAAAUUAUGUGGACUGUAUAUAAAAGCUCUUUUGAAAACAUGUGAACCAUUAUAAAAACAUUUUUGAAACCU